AUGGACAGAAGUUGCAAUCUUCUCUUUGCUCUUGCAGUUUUUGUUCUGCUCUAUACUUCGCUUGCUACUGUUCCUAAUAUUAGCACUGAUGAAGCUGCUCUUCUUGCACUUAAAUCACACAUUUCUUCUCAUCCUAACAACAUCUUAGCAAGCAACUGGUCUUCUUCCAGCCCGGUUUGCAGCUGGAUUGGAAUCACCUGCAGCUCCCGCCACGUUCGAGUCACUGCUUUAGACAUUUCUAGCAUUAACAACACUUUCCAUGGAGAUUUGCCAAAGGAGAUGGGUCAUUUGCAUAGGUUAAAAUUGUUUGAUAUCAGAAGAAAUAACUUCACAGGAGCCAUUCCAUCAUUUUUAAGUUUGUUACCUAACCUUCGAUACAUGUACCUUACGAUGAACCAAUUUUCGGGGAAGAUUCCACCUUCCCUUUCCAAUCUAACAAAGUUGGAAGUAUUGAGCUUCCAGGGAAAUUUUCUUGAAGGAGAGAUCCCUCGGGAACUCGGUGAUCUUCGCUAUCUGACUUUUUUAGACCUGCAACUAAACAAGCUUACUGGCACAAUACCACCAUCAAUCUUUAACAUUACAACAAUGCAAAACAUUGCCUUUACCAGCAACAAUCUUACUGGAAAACUUCCAAUAACUAUAUGUGACAAUCUUCCAAACUUAGAAGGGCUUUACCUAUCAGGAAACUACCUAGGUGGUGUUAUUCCACCAAACUUAGAAAAAUGCAAAAAGCUUCAAGUCUUGUCAUUGACUUACAAUGAGUUUACUGGAACUGUACCAAGAGAGCUAGCCAACUUAACUGCUCUAACAGCAUUACACAUUGCAGCUCUGCAUUUGGAAGGAGAGAUACCAAUGGAGCUAGGCAAUCUUAAGAAACUACAGCAUCUGAGAUUAGCUGGGAACAAGCUUACUGGUUCUGUCCCUGCAAGCAUUUUCAACAUAUCAACACUGCAGUCCCUAACACUUACAAUAAACAAGCUUACAGGUACUCUACCUUCAGAUUUAGGCUGUGGAAUACCCCUCCUAGAAGAAUUUCUUUGCGCAGAAAAUAAUCUAAGUGGUUUUAUCUCUGCUUCAAUCUCAAAUUCGUCAAGACUUAGAAUGCUUGAUCUCUCAGACAACAGUUUCACAGGUGUAAUUCCUGAAUCACUUGGGGUUUUGCCAGCAUCUAUUGGUAAUUUCUCAAAGUCGCUGCAAAUUUUUGAAGGAAAUGGUUGUCAAGUUAAGGGCAUCAUUCCUGAAGAAAUCGGUAAUCUUACUGGUCUGACAAGGAUGAGUCUGUUCAACAAUGAAUUGACUGGACAUAUUCCAAAAAAUGUCCAAGGCAUGUUGAACCUUCAAGAACUUUACCUACAAAGCAACGAGAUUAAAGGAACCAUACCAGAUGUCAUGUGCAGUUUAAAGAAUCUUGGUGCAUUAGACUUGUCAGGAAAUCAGUUUUCCGGUUCAGUGCCACCAUGCUUAGGUAAUGCUACUAGUUUGAGGACACUUCAUCUAGCUUUUAACAGGCUGAAUUCUAGAUUACCUGCAAGCUUGGGGGGGCUUCGUGAUAUCAUAGAGUUCAAUAUUUCAUCCAAUUUAUUGAGUGGGGAAAUUCCCCUCGAGAUUGGAAAUUUAAAGGCUGCGACAAUCAUUGAUUUGUCAAAAAAUAUAUUUUCUGGUAAGAUUCCUAGCACUCUAGGGGGUCUACAUCAAUUGAUUAAACUUUCUUUAGCACAUAAUAGAAUAGACGGGCCUAUUCCAGAUUCAUUUGGAAAAAUGUUGGCAUUGGAAUUCUUGGAUUUGUGUUAUAACAAUCUUAGCGGUGAAAUUCCAAAGUCAUUAGAAGCUCUUGUGUAUCUCAAAUACAUUAACUUCUCAUUCAAUAAACUAAGUGGAGAGAUUCCAACAGGUGGUCCUUUUUCAAAUGCCACAGGCAACAGAAGGGUUCAACAAAAGCAACUUGCUUGGUAA